UCAUCAUCAUCAAGUCGUGUCAGCAGCAUCGGCUCCGACAGCCCCUGAUCUUCAGCUUCAUCAUCAUCAGAUUGAUUUGGUGAAUUGGUACCGUGCUGGUAAUCCUCCGCCGCCAUCGACCAUCAUGGAACAUCACGACGAUGACGAUGACGACCUUGAUAACAAUAACAACAAUAACAACAACAUCUGCAACGAAACGAAUGAUAACGCUAAUAGUUAUUCCAACCGUCAUGAAACGUUGAUGGAUAAUGAGCCUCCAACGAUGGAUGGCCACGUCUCAAAACAAUUCGGAGAACCAGUAGAGGGGGAAGAGGAGGAAGAAGAAGACCAAACAGUAGAGGAGCAGCCAUCGCCCAAACCCUUAUGCAACAACGGGGAAAAGGGCAAAGAAACAAUACGAAUAAACCCCGAAGAUUACACCAGCAGCAUCGAAAAGGACCUGUCGAUCCACGACGUUGCGGAAGAAUGCACCACUGUCUUAUCAUAUCAAUCAUUAGCCGAUAUCAUUCCACUACCACCUCCAUCCACUACACCAGCGCAUCUUCCACCGCCUGCAACGGCAGCGACCACCACAACAGCUUCAUCCUAUGGAAGUACUGUUGCAGAAAGAAGUCUCCAUCGUCAUCACUACCAACACCAACAACGUUUAUUGUCACAUCAGCAUCUUCGACAGCAACAACGAGAGAACAAGAACGAUCUAGCACAACGAUUACUUCAAUAUCCGAUUUUGCGCUCAUCAGAUCGAUUGGCCAAUGCUGUGUUGGAAGCCUUUGAGUUGGCAGAAGAAUUAGCGAGUAGCAAGGCAAGCUUCUUUGGGUUCUUGCUUUACUUCGUGCGCAUCUGGCAGGUGCUUUUCUUGUGCGCGGAGUCACUGAUCUCAAUACGAAGACGGUCGCCGUUACCCCCGUUUCACCGCGAACCGCGUAAGGUUUCGAGUAACGAUGAAAUGGUAUAAUACCCGCAGGCGCUUACACACACACGACUUUCUCUAUAACCAUCCUUCUUAUAUCACCACUACUCACAUAUUGUAUACACACUUAUCGCACACCGCUCUAGCUCUCUUCCUUUCUGAAUAUAUAUUUAUAUAAAUAUUAUAUAUACACUACUAUAUACAUACCCACCUAACCCCCCCUGGCACCCACCACCCUCAACGAAUGCAAAGAACACGCUCAGACUUCUCGUUUUUUCCCCUAUUUAGUCUUUUUUUUAUACCUAUUCUUAUUCCGUAAUAUCUCUGCAAUCGAAAAAGUUGUCGAUUUAAAGUAUAGCAUAACAGUUUAUAAUAUUAUUACUAAAAUAUUAUAUCACUAUAA